AUGGCAUUGAACGUAGAAGUUUCUGCAUCUACCACUCGCCAACAACCUCGAUCAUUGAGUGCAACAUCACGUUCGCAUCAGCCGGGUUGCAAUCUUGAGCACAGCUUGCAAGGCUCAGUGAAGCGAAGGAGAAGCUCACUGGAGACCCCCGAAGAGCAAACAGGAGCGUCGGGCUCUACUACAUCUCAGAGACGGCGCAAAAGGGCACGCACGUUCACAGAAUUCUGUGUGCCCCAGAAGGCCCAGAUUAUGCGGCCGGCUGGUGGCGACGGUGUCAAUCGUGGGCCAGAGUCAGGCACGGCGAUCAAUGGUUCAUCACAGAUACCAGCUUCACCCUCAAAUAAUGGCAUCCAUGCCAAUGGGAAUAGUGAUGCAGCGUCGACGAGGGGAGGCAGUGACGAGCUCUAUAUGGGUGUACACGAUCGGGAAGAGAUGACGCGGAUCUUACUUCAAAGUCUAGGUGACCUCGGAUACAAUCGGACUGUGGAGCAACUCUCUAAGGAGAGUGGCUUCGCUUUAGAAGUACCGAGCGCUGCAGAUUUCCGAGCUGCCAUACUGGCAGGUGAAUGGGAGUUGUCAGAAAACCUACUGUUGGGUGCAGACAAGCUCGGCAGUGGAUUGCUCAUCACACAUGGUCACUCAACGACGACUCGUCCUCGAAGCCAUAGCGAUUGCGUCUCGGAGAAUAGAAAUGGUACUCUCACAAAUGGGCAUAGACGUCACAAGGGACUUCGUCUGGUGGCAGAUGCUGACACCGUAAGGCUUCGAUUUUUACUCCGGCAGCAGAAAUAUCUCGAGUUGCUCGAGGAAAGGAAGAUUAAUGCAGCACUCAACGUACUACGCACAGAAUUGACACCGCUCAAAACAGAUACCAAUCGCCUUCACUUUUUAUCUAGUUUGGUAAUGUGUCCAAGCGCAAGAGAUCUCCGCGUACAGGCCGAGUGGGAUGGCGCCGAAGGUCGGAGUAGGACUCAGCUAUUGUCGGAAAUAUCUGCAUCGAUCUCGCCUUCGGUCAUGAUCCCAGAACACCGUCUUGCGUCGAUGCUAAGCCGGCUGCAAGAUGAUCAAAUCGAAGAAUGUCGGUAUCAUAACACUGCGGAUCGGCCUAGCCUCUAUACCGACCAUGAGUGCUCUGUGGAAGAUUUCCCCCUGCUCCCUCUCCAUAAGCUCGAGUCGCAUGAGGAUGAAGUGUGGUUCCUCGAGUUCAGCCACGACGGGUCCAUGCUAGCGACAGCGGGGAAGGAUGGUCUCGUCUGCGUCUACGAUACCAUGCGAUGGCGACUGAAGCAUGAGUUCCGCGAACACAGUUCCCGAGCCGCAGGCGGUUCAGGCACCGGCUAUCAAACUGCCUCUUUUGGCAGCCGAGGCGGAGUAUGCUAUCUCGCGUUUUCUCCGGACGACCAUUACUUAAUCAGCUGUUGCGAGAACAAGGAGUUCGUCGUAAUGAACGUUAGAACUGGUGCGCGCGUUGCUGAUGCACAGCAUUUUGACUGUCCCGUGACAUCGGCUGCCUGGCUUCCAGAUUCACAAUCAUUCGUCAUUGGUUCUCAAAGCUCUCGACGACCUUUGACUUUGUACUCUCUGCGCAAUGAUACCGCCACUCCGACAGUCGGCGAGUUGCACGAAGUACAUACGUGGCGCGAUCCGCCAUGGAAUAGUGUACAAUCGCGCGAAGGCACCACGAGAGACUACACGCCCAUGUGUAGGAUCUCCGACUGUGCCAUCGACAGCACUGGUAGCUUGUUGGCUGCAACCACAGGCAACCACAUCUGCAUCUAUUCGCUCGAUCCGGCGGAUGGCUAUCGCAAACUUGACGACUGGCCCAUGGAGGACAAGCUCACAUCGGUAAACUUCGCUCGCGACGGAGAUUUGUUGGUGAGCAUGAACGAAGGACGCAUUUUCACAAUGGACGUCACUACGGGUGACAUUCUAUCAAGAUACGAGGGCGCGGUGCAGAAGGAGUACGUUGUGCGAAGCUCAUUCGGCGGCGCGAAUGAGAAUUUCGUCAUAUCUGGGAGUGAAGAUUCCCAUGUCUAUAUCUGGCGCCGGCCGACCUCGAUACAGGUGGCUGCACUCCCGGCCCAUAGCCCUGGGCCGGUGAAUGCUGUUGCGUGGCAUCCAACCAAUCCAGCCAUUUUCGCGAGCGCCGGCGACGAUCGAAAAGUGCAAAUGUAA